CGUGUGUUGUUUGUUCGCCUAUUUGUGCCGAAUUUGAUUAUCGUUUUUCUUCAGAUACUCACAGAAGUGUUUGAGUUUUGUAAUAAUGUUUAAUCCAUUAGAAAGUGCACCACCUUUGUGGCAUAACGGUCCAGUUCCAGGUGCCUUUUACAAUUUUCCAGGCACUCAAAGAAUUCCUGCUGCCAACCCGAUAACCCAUACUCAAUCUCCUGUAACUACAUCAACUUCUAUAAUAGCUAUUACUUAUGAUAAAGGUGUAUUAAUUGCUGGAGAUUUAGUCGCCUCUUAUGGAUCUUUAGCCAGGUACAGAAAUUGUCCCAGGGUAAUUGAAGUUAAUCCUAAUAUAAUAUUAGGAGCUGGUGGAGAUUAUGCAGAUUUUCAGUACGUGAAAAGCUUUAUUGAGCAGAAAAUAAUUGAUGAAGACUGUUUAGAUGAUGGUUUAAAAAUGAAACCAAAAUCUCUGUAUUGUUGGCUUACAAGAAUCAUGUAUCAACGUAGAAGUAAACUUGACCCCUUCUGGAAUAAUCUUGUAGUAGGAGGACUGCAGGAUGGUGUACCUUUCUUGGGAACCAUAGAUAAACUUGGCACAGCUUACACAGAUAAAGUUAUUUGUACUGGGUAUGGAGCUCACAUUGCUCUCCCUAUUCUUCGGGAUGCUCUUGAUAAGAAAACCAACUUGAAUCUUAAUGACGCCAAAGCUCUUAUAAAGCGGUGCAUGGAAGUGCUUUUUUACAGAGAUGCAAGAAGUUUUCCAAAAUAUCAGUUAGGUAUUAUUGAUAAGGAUGAUGGCGUGAAAAUUGAGGGACCACUUACAGUUGAAGAAAAUUGGAAUAUUGCUUACAUGACAUAAUUUGUCUCUUUAAAUUUUGAUAUUUAUAAUUUUUGUAAGGUAAUUCCCUAUAAUAAAGGUUUUAAUAUUUACAGCAUU